AUGCUAGUUAAUAAGAGACAAACGCCAUGUAUACUUGUGUCCUUCUUCAUUGGGAUUGUAUUUUUCACUGUAUUGAAUAUGUCGAAAAGUCAUAUUAAUCUGGAUUCCAUCAGCAAGCAUUUUUCCUCCGUUACACAGGCCAAAGCGCAGCCUAAAGAGUCAAUGGCUUCUAAGGCAAGGAAAGCAUUCAAGAAGAAGGUUUAUAUCGACGACGAGUUCGAGUAUUCCAAAAUCACGUACAUGAAUACCAAGUUGGUGAACUCAAGGACCGAUAAAAGCAUGUUGGUUGUUUCAAGUGUUGGAAAUAAAGAUAGUUAUGGGAAGGACAAAUCGUUUGUGGAUUUGUUGAAUACGAUUGGGCUGAUCGACUACGAAGCGAACUCGAUUUCCUUAGGGUUCUUGAUAGGUGAGAAAGAAGAAUUUGGCAAUGUGGAAACAUUUUUCGAUAACUAUUUCAACGAGUUAGCCAAGGUUGAUGCAAAUGCUAAGAAAACGUUGGCUCAGUAUGUUAAUAGGGUUACAUUACUCACGGCACCAUUUAUAGAUAAGGCGUUUCAAAGCAUUGAUAGAAACGACAGACACAACGAUAACUUGCAACGGUUAAGAAGAAGAUCUAUCGCAAGAUCCAGAAACUUUUUAUUGCUCCACUCGCUACAGAACGAGAAAUAUACGCUAUUCAUUGACUCGGACAUCGUGAAGAUCCAACAUCCUCAAAUGAUCAAAUCAUUCAUUGCAACAGGUAAAGAUAUCAUAGUUCCUAGGAUUAUCCGCGGUGAUCUUCAGGAUUACGACAAGAACUCAUGGGUCGGUGAAAGAACAGUUCCAUCCCCAGAACAAUAUAAAAAGUUGGAUCUGAACGAUUGGGAAAAUUGGGACUAUGUUCCAAGAGAUGUCGAAGAUAAAAUGAUGCACUUCGAUAAAUUCAUAGAGAAGCAUAAAGGUGACCCAAAUACCCACCUAACCAAAAGACCUGGCUACUUGAUGAAAUUAGACUCAGUUGGUGGUGCCAUUCUUUUUCUGAAAUCGGUAAUCUACAAACAAGGUGUUGUCUUCCCACCAAACUAUAUUAUUGGAACUACAUGGGACCGUUUGGAAGGCUACGACGGUAUUGAAACAGAAGGUUUAUGUUAUGUGGCUAAGUCCUUAGGCUAUGAGUGUUACGGAAUGCCAAAUAUGGUUGCUGAACAUUCUCCAGAAUAA